AUGGAGAACGGCGACGGCGUUCCCAGCGGGCCAGCUGCGGCGGUGACCGAGACUCGGACGGCGCCAGUGGAGGCAACGGCGGUGCGGGAGCAGGACCGUCUGAUGCCGAUCGCGAACGUGACCCGGAUCAUGCGUCGCGUGCUCCCUCCCCACGCCAAGAUCUCGGAGGACGCGAAGGAACUGGUCCAGGACUGCGUGUCGGAGUUCAUCAGCUUCGUGACAGGCGAGGCGAACGAGCGGUGCCACGCCGAGCACCGAAAGACCGUCACCGGCGAGGACGUGGUGUGGGCGAUGGACAACCUCGGCUUCGACGACUAUGUCAUGCCCCUCACCUCCUUCCUCCAGCGUAUGCGCGCGUCCGACGGCCGCGCCGCCGUGGCGACCCGCGGGCCUGGCAACGGCGCGCAGAUGCAGGUGCAGAGAGCCAUGUACGCACCCCCGCCUCCGGGGCAGGGGUACGACGUCGCGAUGGCGCCUGUCCUGCAGGCCACCGUCGUCUCGCCGAGCGUGGUCGCAUACGGUGCAGGCAUAGCUGCGUACGUAGGCUGUGGCGACGAGGAAAGCUCGUCGAACGGCAUGCCUAUGCCGGCGUCGGGCACCGGGCUUUCUCCAGUAGCUGAACUCUCGCGGAGCAACUCCGUCCGCCAUGGCAAUCGCUAG